UCGGCGCUGGGAGUCGGAGGCGGCCCGACCGGGAUCGUUUCCUUCCGGAGAGGAGGCCGGCUCUGGACCGAGGCGCGGACGGGGGGCGUCCAAGGGCGGGUGACGGGGAAAUAGCGCGGCUCGCGCUUCUCCCGGGCUGGUAGCGGGGCUGCUUGUGGCUCCUCCUCGGGGCCAGUCCCGAGCCGGGCGGCGGGGGGAGCGGGAGGCGGAGAGCGAGGGCGGGGGCUCGGGAAGGAGGGAGGAGGGAGGGACCAGGCGCGCCAGUGACAGGGUGGCAGCCUAGGAGCGGACGCGUUGCCGCCGCUGCCGCUCCACCUCCUCCUCCUGCAGCUCCUCUCGCUGCUGCCGCCGCCACCGCCGCCGCCGGGAGAAGUUUCACUCCCGACCCUCGCUGGGAGCCGGGACCCUGAGCAGAGCGGGGAGCUCGGCCGGCAGCAGCAACCCGCAGUCGGCCAGGCGCCCGGAGCGCUCCGACCCUGAGCCGGCGUCCGCGCCUCGGCGGCGGGCAGCGGCCCGGGCUGGGGGCGCUGACGCGGAGGAGGGGCGGGUGUGAGCCGGGAGACCCGCGCGCAGCGCCACAGCCGCUCAGCUAGCGUCCGCGCCGGGGGCAGUCGCGAUGGCCGUGCGCUCCCGCCGCCCGUGGAUGAGCGUGGCUCUGGGGCUGGUGCUGGGCUUCACCGCCGCGUCCUGGCUCAUCGCCCCUAGAGUGGCCGAGCUGAGCGAGAGGAAGAGACGCGGCUCCAGCCUCUGCUCUUACUACGGCCGCUCGGCCGCUGGCCCCGGCUCUGGCGCGCAGCAGCCGCUCCCCCAACCUCAGCCCCGGCCGCGGCUGGAGCAGUCGCCGCCCCCCGUGCGCCAGGAGCUCCAGGGACCGCCGCUGGCAGAGGCAGCGCCCGGGGUAACCAGUUUUCGGAGCAGCCCCUGGCAACAGCCACCCCCGCUGCAGCAGCGGCGGCGAGGACGCGAGCCCGAAGGCGCAACGGGGCUGCCAGGCGCCCCCGUGGCGGAAGGGGAGCCGGAGGAGGAGGACGGGGGCGCGGCUGGACAGCGGAGAAGCGGCCGUCCGGGGAGUAGCCACAACGGCAGCGGGGACGGGGGCGCCGCCGCCCCGAGCUCCCGACCCCGGGAUUUCCUGUACGUGGGAGUGAUGACCGCGCAGAAGUACCUGGGCAGCCGCGCGCUAGCGGCGCAGCGGACCUGGGCGCGCUUCAUCCCCGGCCGCGUGGAGUUUUUUUCCAGUCAGCAGUCCCCUAACGCCGGUAUGAGCCAGCCCCCGCCACCCCUGCCUGUCAUCGCGCUACCCGGGGUGGACGACUCCUAUCCUCCCCAGAAAAAGUCCUUCAUGAUGAUCAAGUACAUGCACGACCACUACCUGGACAAGUAUGAGUGGUUCAUGCGCGCCGACGACGACGUCUACAUCAAAGGUGAUAAGUUAGAAGAGUUUCUUCGAUCACUGAAUAGCAGUAAGCCUCUCUACCUGGGUCAGACGGGCCUGGGGAAUAUUGAAGAACUUGGAAAAUUGGGGCUGGAGCCUGGAGAGAACUUCUGUAUGGGAGGACCUGGCAUGAUCUUCAGUCGAGAGGUUCUUAGAAGGAUGGUGCCACAUAUUGGUGAAUGCCUCAGAGAAAUGUACACAACUCAUGAGGACGUCGAGGUAGGAAGAUGUGUUCGGCGCUUUGGUGGGACUCAGUGCGUCUGGUCUUACGAGAUGCAACAACUGUUCCAUGAGAAUUAUGAACAUAAUCGGAAGGGUUAUAUCCAAGACCUUCACAAUAGCAAAAUCCAUGCAGCCAUAACACUUCACCCCAACAAAAGGCCUGCCUACCAAUACAGGCUUCAUAAUUAUAUGCUUAGCCGCAAGAUUUCUGAACUCCGCUACCGCACCAUCCAGCUCCACCGGGAGAGUGCUUUGAUGAGCAAGCUCAGUAACAGUGAGGUGAGUAAAGAGGACCAGCAGCUGGGAGUGAUGCCGUCUUUCAACCAUUUCCAGCCCCGGGAGAGAGAUGAAGUGAUAGAAUGGGAGUUCCUGACGGGCAAACUCCUUUACUCAGCAUCUGAGAACCAGCCUCCUCGACAGAACAUCAACAGCAUCCUAAGAACAGCCCUGGACGACACGGUCCUGCAGGUGAUGGAGAUGAUCAAUGAAAAUGCCAAGAGCAGGGGACGCCUCAUUGACUUCAAGGAAAUUCAAUAUGGCUACCGCAGGGUUGAUCCCAUGCAUGGGGUAGAGUACAUUUUGGAUUUACUCCUCUUAUAUAAAAGACACAAGGGGAGGAAACUAACUGUGCCAGUGAGACGUCAUGCUUAUCUUCAGCAGUUGUUCAGCAGGCCUUUCUUCAGAGAAACCGAAGAGCUAGAUGUCAAUAGUCUUGUGGAGAGUAUUAACAGUGACACUCAGUCAUUCUCCUUUAUAUCUAAUUCUUUAAAGAUACUAUCUUCUUUUCAAGGUCCCAAAGAAAUGGGAGGGCACAAUGAAAAGAAAAUACACAUUCUUGUUCCUCUCAUUGGAAGGUAUGACAUUUUCUUAAGGUUCAUGGACAACUUUGAAAAAACUUGUCUUAUUCCAAAGCAGAAUGUAAAGCUGGUCAUCACCCUUUUCAGUAGGGAUUCUGGCCAAGAUUCCAGCAAGCAUAUUGAGCUGAUAAAAGAAUAUCAGAACAGCUACCCUAAAGCAGAAAUUACUUUGAUCCCCAUGAAGGGAGAGUUUUCCAGAGGUCUUGGUCUUGAAAUGGCUUCUUCCCAGUUUGACAAUGAUACUUUGCUGCUAUUUUGUGAUGUUGACUUGAUCUUCAGAGGAGACUUUCUCCAACGGUGUAGAGAUAAUACAAUUCAGGGACAACAGGUAUACUACCCUAUCAUCUUUAGCCAGUAUGACCCAAAGGUAACCAAUGGAGGAAAUCCUCCCACUGAUGAUGACUUUGUCUUCUCAAAGAAGACUGGAUUUUGGAGAGACUAUGGGUAUGGAAUUACCUGUAUUUAUAAAAGUGAUCUUCUGGGUGCAGGUGGAUUUGAUACCUCAAUACAAGGCUGGGGACUGGAAGAUGUCGAUCUCUACAAUAAAGUCAUUCUAUCUGGCUUAAGGCCUUUCAGAAGCCAAGAAGUGGGAGUGGUGCAUAUUUUCCAUCCAGUUCAUUGUGACCCUAACUUGGAUCCUAAGCAGUAUAAGAUGUGCUUAGGAUCUAAGGCAAGUACUUUUGCGUCCACCAUGCAACUGGCUGAACUCUGGUUGGAAAAACAUCUGGGUGUCAGGUACAAUCGAACUCUCUCCUGACAGUCCAGGCAACACUUAUUGCCUUUUUCAAGGGGAGUUUACCUCAUUGUUGGUUGUUGUUAUUUUUAUUUUAUUAUUGUUAUUUUUAUUAUUAUAAUUAUUAUUGUUAUAAUUUUAUUUUGUUAUCCUGGUCUUAAACUACUCUUGGUUGUCUUCCAAAGGGUGUUUGUUGACCUCAAGCAAGAAAAGUCUGCAGUUCACUGAUAUUUCAGAUUUCUACUGAAGUCAAUUCUCUUUUACUUUUAUAUAUCUUUAUUUGAGAUUGAGUUAAAUUGUGGCAAUCAAAUGACUUUUGAAGUUCAUUCCACAUGAGAGACAGCUUAGAAGAAUGUUCUCUUGGGGCUUAAAGAUGCAAUAUCGACUUUUAUUUUGUUUGUUAAAUUCAAUGUGAUACAAAUAUUUACUGGUGAAAGGUACCACAAAAGUGCUUUAUGCUUCCUAUGGGGAAGGGACUCUGUAACAUAAACUUGAGUUUUGUAAUUUAUACAAGGACUUAAAUAUAUAGACAAUAAUUUUCUUCAUCUUUAGAGUUUUUAAAGUAAAUGAACACUUAUGAUUGUAUGUUUAUUUUUUAAAAAAAAAAGUUUUAAAAAUUGAGGAGUUUUGUUCCACAAGCAACCGGUACUGGCUACCCUGGUCUUCUGACAAUUAUGUACUCCUCACAACUGUCUGCUAUAAAUGCGAAUGAACUUUAUUUUCUCAAGGAAAUAUGAUUUAAUUAAAUAUUCAUGUACAUUUUAGAAGCUUUAUGAAACGAUGUCCUUCAUUUGCUGGCAAGAAGAUAAAAUAUGACAGAACCUGGUUAUUUAUAAUAAAACACAGGUAUAACAGUAAUCUUUUCCAAAAACCCUGAAGAGGUUGUGUUGUUUCCUUUCAGUCAUAUCUGAUGUAUUUCUUAGCAGUCAUACUCACCAACUGUGCUUGCUAUAUAGACUGGAAAAGUUAAUAAGGGAUUAUGGGCAUACUGUUUGUAUUAUUAUGCUUUAAAUCCUGGCCUUUCACAACUGAUUAAAAUGAGUGGUUUCUUUAUUCAAUAAUUUACAUUCCAGGAGAAGCAUUCUUCCUCAAUCUCUUCAGCUUUGUGAUCAAACUGAAGCAAGAACAGGACAGAAACUGCCUUUAAUUUGGGUUAAGUUGGGUUUUCACAAAAUGUAGCAGAUUGUACAUACUGUUCUGCACUUUGAUUUUCUUUUUUCACACAAUAGGACUAAAAUUUGCUUCAAAUUUUAUUUGAAAGUUGUUGUAAAUUGCUACCAUUAUUUGGAACUGAUUGCCAGGAAACCAUACAGCAUUUGCCUUCGUGAUGGUUUUAUACAAGGUAAUGGUCUCCUUUAGUGAGGACAUUUGGGGAGCCUCAAAAAAAAAGAAAAAAAAUUGCUUAAUGUUGUGACAAAUGUGAUGGCACUCUCCUUGACUAUAACAUAUAAUCUUAAUAAUGUCAAACUCAUUAGAAAGGAAUUGAUGGCACUUUUAGACGUUAAAAAUCUUGACAGGGCCAACAAUUCAGAAUUGAUCUCUGCUCUAAUAUUUUCUUGGCCUUCAUAAACCUUUGCUUUUUUCCUACAUUAUGUGGCUUACCUCUCUUAACAGUUUUUUUUCCCCCUGAACAGUAAAUAUAUUAACAUGCAGUAAAAAUAGUCAUUUGGGAAGAGCUACUGCAAAGUAAUAAUUAUUAAUGAUUUCAUUAACAAAGUAAAGAAAUCAGGGGCUGCUCUUUCCUUUAACUUAUGACAGCUGAAAAACAGCCCAAGUCUUGAGGCAACCACCUGGGGAUGAAGUGGCAUUCUCUGUAAUACUUGUGAAUUAUACUAAUGAAACAAGGAAAUGCAGAAAGCUCCUCUGAACUUAAUUACUUACCUGCAUACUGUCCUAAAAUUAAUGAAAGUUCAUUUAAAUUGUAUUUUGUAAUUUUGUAUUAAGUUUUCCUAUCAUUUUGUUUCAGGCACUGCAAUAUUUCCUGACUGAAACUUUAUUGGAAUUAUACUAGUGAAAUUAAGAGUGUUUUCCUAUCUGUUCAGUGUCUAUUAUUUCAAAUCCCUGUAAGGCCGAAGGGUAAUACAACACAAAUGCAACCUGAAGCCAUCUAGAUGUAUGUUCCUGCCAUUAGCUUAUUUGGAAACCUGUGGGUGUUCUGUUUUAAGUGUU